AUGGCAUUCCGGUCCCAAUUUAGAGUCACCGAAUAUCCCCACAGCGCCAAGUCUGGACAGGAACCACGCUCUCGGCUCCCGGCUCUGUCGCUAAGCGGAGGCCGGCCGGUCCAGGAGAGCCCGGAGCUGGUACGGAGUCGGCUUGAGAAGCGGUGGACCCUCUGGCCUGCCCCUGCCGCCCCGGAUUCACCCUGGCCAAUCAGAUCGGGGCCAUAA